AUAUAUAUUUUGUUUCUGUCUUCUACCCAGAUAAACGGAACCUCGUCUGGAAUAUCCGCGAACGAAAAACUCUCCACUUCCGCGAAGAAAAUAUGGCCCUUUCCAGGCUUACUUUCCGCUGAUCUUUUCUGUCAGAGAACGACCUCGGCAUCUGACGCCCGAUGGCCUUCCUCAUUCCUUACCCCGACGUCUCAUCCAUCUCCGGCUCCCGGCGCUGGGAACCUCCGGUAAAGGUUCUGUCAAAACCUAACCCUAGAAAUGUCAAAUGCUUCUCGAACUUGAAGACCGGUGGGGAAGUUGGGCUUAGGAUUAGGGCUAAGAUUGAAAAUUGUGAGGUUGGGGUUUCGGACAGCGAGAAGAAUGUGAGAUUGUACAUACAAUUUUCAGCUCCUGUAAAGCAAGGAUCGUCGCUAAAGCAGAGGGAGGAGGAUGAAGAGAAGCGGAAUUAUUAUGUGAAUACGGGUUAUGCGAUUCGGACUCUCAGAGAGGGAUUUCCCGAGCUAUUUUAUAGGGAGCUCAAUUACGAUAUUUACAGGGAUGACAUCGUCUUCAAAGAUCCUCUCAACACUUUUGUUGGCAUUCAGAACUAUAAAUCAAUCUUCUGGGCGCUGCGAUUCCAUGGCAAGAUAUUUUUCCAGGCCUUGUGGAUUGACAUCAUUAGCGUGUGGCAACCAGUGGAGAGUGUCAUAAUGGUUCGGUGGACUGUCCAUGGCAUCCCACGAGUCCCAUGGGAGGCUCACGGUCGAUUUGAUGGCACUUCUGAGUAUAAACUUGAUAAAAAUGGAAAGAUCUUUGAACAUCGGGUUCACAACAUUGCUUUCAACUCACCACCCAAGUUUCAAGUGCUCUCUGUGCAGGAAUUAAUUCAGUCUCUUGGCUGUCCCUCUACGCCAAAGCCAACUUAUUUUGAGAUUUCAUCGUUCCACAUGAUGGAAUUCAUGCCAUUAAUGGUGCAAUUUUCUUGGAUUAAGUGCCUUUCAGCCUCUGCUUUAGCGUUCACUGAUAGAUGUAUGGCAGAAAGUUCGAAGAGAACAUAGUCUUUGCAGACAUGCUUCUCAAGUUUUGAUGUUUGUUGUGGUAUGGUAAAGUAAAUAGAUCCUGGCAGGAUCCUUGGUGGCUGAAAACUUGGUUUAUACUGCAAUAUGUGACUCAAGUUGUAUCAUACACUAUUUAGGAGGUGCCCAGUCUGUGUUGUAUGCUGAAAAUUCGGCCAGCAAAGGAAACAAUAUUUGAUCAGUUGGGUGUAAUUUCUUGGCUUGAUUUUUCAAGCUUAUACAUACACAGUUUUGUAUAGUAAGAAGUGCACACUAAUGUUUCUCUUCCUCCCUCCCCUGUGCCGAUGCUUAAUACAGUGCAUGGUUUGCUUUUGUUCAUUGAGUGCCAGCUGUUUAUGUAUAUAAAAUGUAACCAUGUAAAUUUUUGAAUCCCUGUACAAUAAAUUUUGAUGGUGACAUACUUCCCCACAGAAUGGGUAACCUAGACAUUGCCCAAAGAUGUGUAAAUUUUAGGUUAUUUGUUUUACA